AUGGCCGACAAGUCCAAGUUCGUUGAGUACAUUGAUGACGCCUUAGAAAAAUCAAAAGAAACGGCGCUUUCCCACUUAUUUUUCACCUACCAAGGGAUUCCUUACCCGGUUACCAUGUGCGCUUCAGAAACUUUCCGAGCUUUGGAUGCCUUUGAAGCCAGAGCUGAUGACAUCGUGCUGGCAUCCUACCCGAAGUGUGGUUCAAACUGGAUUCUCCACAUUGUCAGCGAAUUAGUAUUUGCCGUUUCUAAAAAGAAAUACACGUGUCCAGAAUUUCCAGUUCUUGAAUGUGGUGACGCAGAGAAAUAUCAGAGAAUGAAACUGUUUCCCUCACCAAGGAUUUUGACAACUCACCUCCACUAUGACAAACUACCUCAGUCUGUCUUCAAGAACAAAGCCAAGAUAUUGGUGAUAUUUCGAAACCCUAAGGAUACGGCAGUGUCUUUUUUCCGUUUUCAUAACGAUGUCCCUGAUAUUCCAAGCUAUGCCUCUUGGGAUGAAUUCUUCAGACAAUUCAUGAAGGGACAAGUUUCUUGGGGAAGCUAUUUUGAUUUUGCAAUUAACUGGAACAAGUAUAUUGACCAUGAAAAUGUUAAGUUCAUAUUAUAUGAAGACCUGAAAGAGAAUCUGGUUGAUGGUAUAAAAGAGAUCUCUGAAUUCCUUGGCUUCUCUUUAGCUGAUGAGCAAAUCCGAACUGUCUCAGUCCAGAGCACCUUCCAAGCCAUGCGAGAAAAUUCUCAGGAGUCCCAUGGUGCUAUUGGCCCCUUCCUGUUCCGCAAAGGUGAAGUUGGUGAUUGGAAAAAUUUAUUUAAUGAAACUCAGAACCAGGAAAUGGAUGAAAGAUUCAAAGACUGUUUAGCAGGCACAUCCCUCGGAGCCAAGCUGAAGUAUGAAUCACAUUGCCUAGCUUGAUUCUGGUCAAGUUGGCUGGCCUACACACUUUCUUUUCUCUAACAAUAACUGGGUUUAUAUAAUUAUAUAAUAACUCAUAUAAUUAUAUAAUAAUUCAAUCAAGUAGUCACAUAAUGGCAAUCAAGUAACAUGUAAUUCUGAAAAGUACAAAUGGUAACAGCUGUCGGUCAUU